AUGCCGUUUAUGAUUAUACCAAUUGCGCCGAUAAUGAUAAAUAUAUUUAUUUCUGAUAAUUCAAGUUUACCAAAACAAUUGCUGUUUGUUCAAUAUGAAUAUUUAUUUGACAUAAAAAAAUAUUAUUAUCCAGUUAUGCUUCAUAGUUACUUGGGAACUUGUGCAUUUAUUAAUGUUAUUGUUGCUCUGGACACAACAUGCAUGGUAUAUAAUUUAAGCAAGAUUGACAAUGAAACAAGCCAUAAUUUUGCCUUCAAGCCAACAAAAUAUUACGAUAAAUCUCAUGAAGAAAUGAUAAAAUGCAUGGAAUUACACCAGCGAAUAUUAGACUAUGCAAAAUUAAUUGAAGAUUCACAUUAUAUAUCAUAUUUUUUUCAACUUGGUAUCAAUAUGAUUUGCAUUUCGUUUACGGGUUUCCAAAUAGCAACAAAAUUCAGCAUAGCACCAGACGUGUCAAUAAGAUUCGCAGCCUUCACAUCAACUCAAUUAGCUUUUUUAUUUCUUCAAAGUUUCCCAGGACAACAAUUAUCUGAUUCUAGUUCUCAAGUUUUUCAAGAUGUUUAUAGUGCAAAGUGGUAUAAAACAUCAAUGAGAACAAGAAAAUUAUUUUUUUUAAUGUCAAUGAGAAGUGCCAAACCUUGUAUAUUAACAGCGGGUCGAUUUUAUGUUUUGGGACUUGCUAAUUUUGGAACGGUUGUCAGAACUUCAAUUUCUUAUGUCAUGGUCUUGCUCUCGAUGGAAUAAUUAAAUUUUCAUAGUAGUCAUGUUAUAGUUACCAUUUUUCAUACACACUAUUAUCA